GAAAAUUGUCAAAUGAAUUGUCAAGUUCACUAUAGUUUACUUUACAGUUUACUAUAUAGCUAUCCCUUUUCCGCUCAUUCAUCAUUGACAUUUUUCCGCUCAACUUUUCUGUAUUACAUUUUCGCUCCAAACCAUUCAUAUCUCGACUGUGUGUAAUCUAUUUGAUCGGAGCAAUAAAGGGGACUGUGCCAUACAAGAGAAGUAUUCUCCUCCAUGCGAGAUUCCCCUCAAAAUUGUCGAAUCACACAGAGCGAACUUUCCAUAAUGUCAAGUGCACGUCGUCAAUCGAAUUUAGAAAAAACCCAAAGUUCCACCGUGAAAUUGAACGAAAAAGAGCAUAAAAUCAAAUAUCAUUUGCCAAUAAAUCAAAAGCGAAUCUCUGCGAAUGUUUACAAAAUGUCCAAAAACAUUUCGGAUGAUUUAAAAAACAAAAUAGGAAAUCAAGUAGCUGGCCCCUCAAGCGCUGAGUCACCACCGUCAAUCUUUAAAUUGACUAUUGACUGUUGUGAUGAAAUAUUCGAAUAUUUGUCACUCGUCGACUUGAAUUCACUGGGUCAAACAUGUAUGGCGAUGCAAAAAGUGGGCGGUGAAUAUUAUCGACGAAAUUUCCAAGGGGCGGAGAAAUUCCUUCAAGAUGAUGGUAUCUACACGGUGUAUGCAGAUGAUGUGACAAAUAAACGGACUCGAACGUCAGUUUUUAACAGUGCCACCGAGUUUUUAUCGUAUUAUUAUGGAGAAAAGCAGCCACUUCGUUACAUUGAUUGGCACAUUGAUGAAUUUACCGCAGUCAAGCAUCUGUAUUUCGUGUGCAUUGGAUUGGAUAGUCAAAAAAUGGAACAUUUUCAAUCGUUUUUUCCCACAUUGGAAGUUUUACAAAUAAGACAAUGCAUAUUAUGGCGGGAUAAUUUCUACGAAAUACUGUUGGAACAAUGCAAAAAGCUGAAGCGUCUCUAUGUUCAGGAUGAUCUUGGGUAUAUAAUCUACAAUCGGGGAACUUGGCUUCUACAAAACUAUCCAACGCUUGAACACAUUGAAUUGACACCACGUGGCGAUGCUAAAAUCAAUGAAUUACAACAAUUUUUCGUGUUGAAUCCACAGAUACGAAGUUUUUGUACAACGUCCGAUUGUUUAUUUGCCAAUCGAAAUAGCCUAAUGGAGGUCGAUACAAAAUUGAAUUGGUUAGAAAUUAAACAUUUCAUAGCAAAUGCAUUUCAUAUGCGUGCAGAAGAGUUCAAUAUGAAUGCAUUCUGCAACCUAUUGAAUCAAUUGCAUGACCGUGAUUUCUAUAAACGAUUACAUUUCUUCGUCCCUGAUGUGAAUGAACAAUUUAGUGAUCAAUUGGUUUCGUUGCAUGGACUUGAAAAGCUUACAAUCGAUAAAUUUACUAAUUGUUACAACUUGUUGCAGUUGAAGCAUUUGAAAGAGUUGAACAUAUUUGGAUAUGCAAAUGCUGGGAAUUUCGAAAUUUUGGCCAAAAGUCUCACGAAUCUGGAACGGAUUCUUAUUCAAGAAGCCACUUACAAUGAUCUAUUGCCUUUCGUUCGACAUUCAGUCAAUUUAAAACACAUGAAAAUUUUCGCAAAAGAAGCUAAACAAUUCAAAGGGGAGACCAUUAACCUGGGAAAAUUGAAUCGGGAACGGGAAAAGCUAUUUGGAGCACGUAAAUUGAUCAUUUACAUUGAAGAUAACGUCUUUUUAGCCACGAAACGAACAGCAAGAUAUGGAGAUAUCAACUUGAAUAUGAUCGAAAUGAGACGAUCCAAUUCAAUCUGUUGGGACUAUGAUUAUUCUACUAUUAGAACAUUUCAUUGAAUAAUUUUUUUUUUUGAAUAAAUUUGAUGCUUUGUCAUUGCUAACAAAUUGAUAGUUGAUUGAAAGCUAUGAAUAAAUGAAGU